AGCUCCUUCUGGCCGGUCACGUGCGCUCUUAAUUUGUAGUCGACGGCGAUCCGAGGCGAGAGGGAGCCCACAAUACCCUACUUCGGGACACACUGAUGGGGCUUUUGUUGUUGUUGGUUGGUUGUUGUUGUUGUUGCAAGAUGACUGGCCAGCAUGUAGGAGUUGGGUCAUGUUACUCUUUCGCUCCGCUGAAGCCAAUUCCGAGUUGAUUUUGUUGAUGAAACCCGAUUUAAGAUUUGUUGGCUCACCAGGGUACUUCAACAUAAACAGAACUGAAUUGAAGCAGUGACGUGAGCAAAGAAUUGCAGGGCUUCGCCUUUACCACCACCACCACCACAUUUGCUUUACACUGGACCCACGUGUUUACUGAUCGAGUUGCUGUUCUAAAGCAGCUGGGGUGGGCAGCCCUCUGCAGGGGCUCUCGGGAGCUCCGUCGGUUGGAGGACCCUUCCGCCAGCAAUGUCGUGAUGAGGCCAUUGCAGGGCUGCGCCUUCGACGGCGUAGUCCGUACCUUACUCAGCUGUCUCUCGCUCUCCCGCCCCCCCCUCUCUCUCUCCGCGCGUGCAAGGCUCUUUAAGUCCGAGGGGAAGGGAGCGGGCACCGAGAGAGGCGGACUGCUUCGCCCUUGUUCGGACACCUUCAGACCUCCUCGGGAGAGCAGAUCCCAGCAGCAGCAGCAGCGGCGGCACCAGCAGCAGGAGCAGCAGCAGCAGCAGCAGGAGCAGGGGCAGGGGGUGGUGAUGGCUCGCAAGGCUGCGGCGUCUGCGCCUCCCGCUGUGCCGGCUCCUCUGAGCCCGCGCCCCGCCACUCGGAGCUCGGCGCGCUUCGGCAACUUGAGCCAGCACUCAUUCUUCUCCCGGCACAACCCUCACCCGCAACGCGUGCGGCACAUCCGAGGUCUCAACGACGUGCCCAUCUGCUCCGUGAACGACGAAGGCUUCGUGUCGAGCCCUCGCUACAGCCUCUCGCUGAGCCCCCUGCGCGCCCUGCUGCUGCGCUGCGGCCUCUCGGCGUCGUCCCCGGGGUCACCCGCCGGCGUCGGCCCCCUGCCCUUCACCCUGCCCUUCCCGACCACCCCCUCGUCCCUGCAGCAGCAGCAGCAGCACGGCGGUGGUGGCGGUGAACGUGGGUCUGUGCCGCGUGUGGGGCCUGUGUCUCUGACGGACGCAUGGAGAGACGAACUGCGGGAGCUCACGGAGAGAGCCGGCUUCCUCGCGCGGCGGGAGAAGAAACCGCAGCCGGAGGGUCCGGCCCUGAGACCGGGGACGCGCUACUCCCUCGCCACCGGUCGCAUCGUCCCGCCACCCAGCCGGGCCGCAUCCCGCACCCCGGGACGCCUCUCCUCCCGCAACGGGGCGCGCGACUUCGCCGUCCACGGUGACCCCGACCACGAGCUCCUGGUGCUGGAACUGCUGUGUCAGAUCCUGCAAACCGACUCCAUCUCAGCCGUGAAGGAGUGGCUGCUGGCGGCUGGGCCACGCGAGAAGGACCUCGUGCUGGCCAUGAUUCGCAUCGCGCUGGAGGAUGAGGCGGGACCGCAGCCCCCCGCGCCGCACGCGGACCCCAGGCCCGACUCUCAAAGUUCCCUGCGCAAGACGCCCCGGAGUAGGAUGGGAAAUCGCUCCAGGUCCGUCGAGGCCCACGUUCCAGAGUCGAUCCCCGAGGAGGAGGAACCAGAGAGAGUCGGCGAUGCCGAGGUGCUCACGAUCCAGAGGUCCUCGUCGGCCGACGACAUCACCCGCUCCGCCGCCUCCAGGCCCCGAGUGCCGCGGGCCUCCGCCGGGCCUACGGGCGCCGCCCGUGCGGCCGAGGCGGACGUCGCGCCGGCCUCGGCGUCGGCCAAACCACGCAGCGGCAGGAAGGCGGAGCAGCAGCAGCAGCAGCAACAGCACCAGCUCCCUGCCGCACCUGUAGAUGCCAAGCUCCGAUACACCAAGACCCCUCACACGCCCGGCGAAAGCGCGCAAAGACCUGCCCAGCCCAAGCACAGCGCAGCCCAGAUCUGAUGGAGUGUGCGGAGGGGGGAGCGGCGGCGUAGCGGUAGCGCUACGCUGCGCUACGAACCCCGGCGACCCGAGUUCGAUUCCCGCUCACGGCCAACAGCACCGGUGUCGAUUAUCUGAACCGGUCCUGGGCCUUCC